GCUGUCAUGACUCCAGCUCGUCUAUGGUCUCGCUCUUGUUUGUCAGGUCAGCAAACCUGGCAGCCUGAAUCAAAAUCACUUUGACUGAACUGUCCGUUUGCCACAUGAUACUCCAGAAGUGUCCACCACAAAAACACUGGGAACACCAAACUCUUCAUCUGCAAUGACAGAUAAAGUGAAGGAACUCGUUUCAAAGUGCCUGCAGGCCCGAGACAUGGCUUACUGUCCGUACAGCCGCUUCCCCGUCGGUGCUGCCAUUUUAACAGCAGAUGGCGCUAUAAUCACAGGGUGUAAUGUGGAGAACGCCUCCUAUGGACUGACGGUUUGUGCCGAGCGGACGGCUGUCCAGAGAGCUGUCGCAGAAGGACACCGACAGUUUGCUGCCAUCGCUGUCACAUGUGAUAUCAAAGACCGUUUCGUUGGGCCGUGUGGAGCGUGUCGACAGGUUCUCAUGGAGUUUGGAUCGGAAUGGAUCGUAUACUUGACCAAGCCGGACGGAUCUUACAAAGAAACCAGCCUCAGUGAACUGUUGCCUUUAGCCUUUUCUCCAGCACACCUUGGGAAGAACUGAUGCAGCCUCAUUACCAUGAACAGUUUUGUUGUUUUUACUGUAACAAAACAAAGAAAAAAUGUGGGGGGAAAACUGCAACUUUGUACAACUUACAUCACUUUAGACUAAGGUUUUAUAGCAAAUGUGUUGUCCCUUAAUCUUCCCAUGAAUAAAUAAUAAAACUUUUUUAACAUCUUGAA